CUCCUCCUCCUCUUCUUCUUCUUCUUCUCCUCCAUGCUUUUCUGAGCCGAGGGUCUAUUGGAAACAACUUCUCUACCUUCACUAGGUAGGGCUAAGGUCAGCGUACACACUAACCUCCCCAAACCCCACAUGUGGGAACAUACAGGGUGUGUUGUUGUUGUUGUUGUAAAUUCUUCUGUCUAUGCAGGCAAUGUAUAUCCGUGUCAAGCGUAAUAGGACCACCUACUUUAUUCAAUGUGACCCAACCGAGACAAUUCUACAAAUAAAGGAGAAAUUGUAUAACCUCAUAGAUCAACCAGUUAAUGAUCAGCGAUUAAUCUUGAUGCCUGCUGGAGACGUGUUGGAAGACUCGAAGUCCCUAGCUGAUCAGAAGGUUGAAAAUGAUGCUGUGGUGGCACUGACUCUGAGAAAAGAUGACAAUGCAUUUGAGGAUGUAAAUAUUGUGAGACCGAAUGACUUUUACCAGUCCCACGAUUCAGAAGGUGGUGCUAAUUGGUGACACACAUUCUGAUCCUCAACAAAGAUGUGUAUACUUUUACACUCUGAUCAGGGCAAUUGAUUUACCAGCGGCUGGUUUGAUGAAAUACUUACUGAGAUAGUUGUCGAGUUUCAUUUAGCACGAGAUUUUGUGAUAAAAAGUAUUUCCAAUCAAGAACUUUUAGUAGGAUUAAACAUUUUCAUGGAUGGAUGAAAAUUGCUGGCCAAUGUGUACCUUUAUCUUCU